CUCCCUCUGUAUUAACCGGAAGUAAGGAGGAGAGUGAGGGCGAGAAAGAGGAACGCUGAGGAGGCCAUGGCUCGCGGGCAGCAGAAGAUCCAGUCCCAGCAGAAGAACGCCAAGAAGGCGGCGGAGAAGAAGAAGCAGCAGGGGGCCGACCAGAAGACUGCAGCCAAAGCGGCGCUGGUCUACACCUGCCCCGUCUGCCGGACUCAGAUGCCAGACCCCAAGACCUUCAAACAGCACUUUGAGAGCAAGCACCCGAAGUCCCCCCUCCCCCCCGAGCUGGCUGACGUUCAGGCCUAAGCGGACCAUCACUCACGGACAGACUGAAAGACACACGGGGCUGGGGUUUGUAUGACACAUGAUCUGAACACAUGGAUGGACGGACGGUCAGACACAGCGGUGCGCAUCAUUCCCGGGGAAGGCAAGCAGGGGGGUGGGGCAGGACUGUGUGUUAGGAGCAGCAGUAUCACUAUUCUGUAUCCUUUUACUUUGUUUUUUUUUUAACUUUAUUUCUCUGGCCUAGCCAAUCAGCAUUCCCCUGUGGUUAUGGACCUCGGGUCCACAGCCCCGCCCCUGCAUGUCCUCACACAGUCCUCCCACCCCUCACUCUUACUGUGUUAUACCAGCUCGAUACACCACCUUCCUGUUGAUUACAGAAAUGUGGUUGUAGUUGCGUGUGAGAGAGAAAGAGAGAGAGAGGGACUUAACCCUCUGCGGGUCACUGCUGGCUGACAGAACAACAGGUCUGGUCAUAGAAAUGUGGUGUUCCUUUGUAAUUUUUUUAACAGUGACUUUCCUGGUAUGUUCAAAUGCAAGGCCCCUCCUCCAGCAGGUUGCCCUUGGAAAUGGGGCGUUUGACAGGAUGUCUGUACUAAUAGCAUCACUGCUUGAUGGAGGUUCUUACAGCCCAGCUCCAGGCCAGGCCCUCUGUCAUGUUAGGCAUGGCCCCCUCUCUCUUUCUCUCUCUCUUUUCUUCAUAGCCAGAACAUUCUACGAUGUGUCUAAUAUCCCUGUCAGUGUGAGAGCUUGGUUUGUGGGCUAGAUGUGUUAUUUCUGCCCUUGUGAUUUGGCUUGUCACUGCCUGGUAAAUUCUAGAAAGGUGUCAAUCAGAAACUUUGACAGCAGUGUCAUUGUGUCUGAUACUUUCCCUUUACCCCUUUGUCAGAGUCCACAUAAUUUCCUAUUUUUUUUGUUUCGUUCCCCCUCCAUUUCAGUGAAUUUAUUCACAGAAGUAGACCCAGUCCCCUGUUUCAUGGGCCUAAAAGAAGUUAAUCACUCUGAGAGAACACACACAUGUGCGCGCUGUGAUGUCCAAGACCGUUCACACGCC